GUGUGUCUUUUGUUAAUGAAUUUGGAGUUGAGGAGGCAGGAAUUGAUGGUGGUGGUAUUUUUAAAGAUGUCAUGGAGAACAUUACACGGGCAGCCUUUGACGUGCAGUAUGGUUUAUUUAAGCAAAUUGCUGACCAUUUGCUCUACCCCAAUCCUGGUUCGGGAAUGAUACAUGAGCAACAUCUCCAGUUUUUCCAUUUCCUCGAAGUUCUUUUGGCAAAGCAAAUUGCUGACCAUUUGCUCUACCCCAAUCCUGGUUCGGGAAUGAUACAUGAGCAACAUCUCCAGUUUUUCCAUUUCCUCGAAGUUCUUUUGGCAAAGGUCAUGUUUGAAGGAACUCUUGUUGAUAUACUUUUUGCAACAUUCUUCUUGAGCAAGUUAAAACAGAAGUAAGGUUUUUAAAGAUUUACUGUCUUACUGUUUUGUAUUUUGUGCUGAUCCACUAAUCGUAGUAUUGAUGGUCAUGACAAUGACUAGUUGCAAGUUACUUGAAUUUUUAGGGUUCUAAAAAUCUUACAUUUUAUUAUGGGUGCACUGCCUACUAAUGAGAUUGUCAAUUGCUAACUUCCAAAUGUUGAAUUUGGGAUUUCCAUGCUACAUUCACUUUCUUGAUCUGCAAUUACAGAGCUACUCUAUACUGGAAUAAAGUCUCAUCUGAACUGUA